AUGGAGAGGGUUAAGAAUGUGAAGACCAACAAGGAGCUCUGUCAACAAAUCGCCCAGAGAGUUAGAGCCCUUGAAGACUUGGUUCUCAACAUCAAACAAAGAGGGCCAAGACGGAUCUCCUCCAUUGUAAAGAACGCUCUGAAGGAACUCUGCAUCACUCUGGAGUCUGCCCAGCGCAAAAUGUAUAACACUACUGUCAGUUGCAUCAUGUCGCCCAUGCAAAUAUUUAGCCCCAUGAUAUCCAUGACGUCUCUAUAUGGAGCCACGUCCCCCACUAACUCCGGCACCAUUGUGUUGAGCUCACAGUGUGUCUGGGCCAGAAAGUCCGAACCUUCCUUUAAUGAGGCAGAUGCAGGUUUGUUCAGGGGAUCAGAUAAAUAUGACUUUGCCAUCGAGGUUCCUGCUGCAGAGAUGGAGUGUUUCUGGCACUUUGCCCACCAGAGUGGAAGCUUCUACCUGAUGUACAUGGUACAGUGGGUAACAGGGAUGGCCAAUGAUCCCCGGCUAUUUGUGACAGUCAACUCACCACAGGGCGUUCUCAUGGCAUCAAAGAAUGAGGCUGUUGGUCAAUUGAAUUUCCAGACUGAGGUGACAGGUUUUUACCGGAUGUGUCUCGGGAACCACAACAACAAGUUUGGAGGCAUCAGGGUCUUUAUGAACUUUGGUGUCAUCUACGAAGGCUUUGUGGAGUCAAAGGGAGAGAUGGAGGAAGGAGAGAAAGUCCUCAACAGCACUUUGACAGAUAUUGAG